CGUAUGAACUCAGUCGCAUCCCGCGAGCAAAGCUCAUCGCACGCGUUACAAAAAAAUAAAAUGGUACACGCGGUUUAAAGUGCAGUGUUGUGUUUGACUUAGUGUGUGAAUUUUGCUUGGAUAUAAUUAGCCGAAUUGGAAAUGUGCCCUCGGUGGAGAACGGUGGUGGUACUGUGGUGCGUGCUGCUGGCGGCAGUUUUAGCUGAGGACACUCCCCCCGGACUGGUCAGCAAAGACAGCGAGCAGGAUUUGGUGGCUGAAGCUACCAACUCAGGAGUACAAGCACAGAAGCGAGAAGCGGGAUUAUCGAACUCGUACGGGGAGCCUCUGCCUGCGGACGCGUACGGACCACCUCAGGAUAUAGGCAACAUUAUUCCAGAUCUCCCACUGCCGGCACCAAUCUACGGAGUACCACUGCAGGACACGCCCCCGGGCGCUUAUGGACCGCCUUCACCUGUAGUCUUUCCAAGUCAGACUUAUGAAGGACCACCGCCACCACCAAUCUCCAAGCCGAGACCCAUAUACGGACCCCCCAAACUAUACGGCCCGCCGAAACAGAGCUACGGUCCUCCCAAACAGACCUAUGGUCCUCCAAAACCAAUCUACGGCCCCCCAAAGAAAACAUACGGCCCUGCAAAAUUUAGUCUACCGAAACCAACCUAUGGUGUUCCUUUCAAACCACCAAAGCUUACACACCCAAAACCCAUAUAUGGAGUUCCUAAACCGGUUUAUGGUCCACCUAAACCUAUUUACGGCCCUCCAAAAGCAACUUAUGGCCCCCCAUUGCUUAACGUACAGAAUUUACCCAUCCCAGAACUACCUCCGAUAACUUCAAGCAUCGGCAGUGUUAGUUCAAUAGAUCUUGGAUUAAAUCUACCCGCACCUAUAUAUGGAACGCCAUUAACAUCUCUGUCCCUACCAGGAGAUCUUAAGCCAAACUUCCCGAUUCCAGCAGACACAUACGGCCCGCCAGGACAUACGCUCGGUCCUAUAGGUCCUAAUGACCAAGUUGUAGUCCACGAUAGCAAUUUGGGACAUUACGGACCUCCGCAACCUGACCCGAACCCUCGACCACCACAUCCAGGUAUCCCUGCGCCACCUACUCCACCACAUGUGCUGUAUGACGGCUGGAAGCCAAUACCUGGUGUAUCAAAACCAAUAGUAGAAGUUGAUCAUCACGUUGGCGAUAUAAAUGCUGGCAACCAACUAGGUGACCAAUAUGGCCCACCUCCGCCACCACCAGCUCAAGAUCUUCACUUAAAUUUCGACCAAGGUUUGCCAAAUUUCGACCAACCUCCGGCAUUUGGUGGUAAUGCUCAAAUUACAACAGGAUACUCAAGCGUCCACCAAGAUGCUUUGGCUAAUAUCGAUUUAAAUGCUAUAGUUGGUGGCGACUCGAAUCAUAUCGAUCAAUCGAAAACAGUAUUUGAAGCGCAUUACACAGAAACCAAUACUCCUCAAGAUGUGACAUUUAUACAGAAUUCUGUGCCAACGGGACUUGAUAAGCCAAUUGACACCUACUCAGCUCCACCUUUAGAUUCAUUAUCUAAUGGCCCUUACCCUCCAUCAGUCAGACAACAAGGAGCUAAAGGCCUUAUACCACCAUCAGGAAUCUACGGUGUACCUCCAGGAAGUCAGUAUGGAGCUCCUCCGAAACCAGCACCUGCUAACUUACCUAUCCCAUACGGAACAUACUCUGGUGGCGGCCACUCUAUCCAUACAGGUGGCAGUAGCCCAAGACAUCCAAUCAAAUUCAGAGAAUCAGUCCCAGAAGGCCUAAUUCAACAAAUUGGACAAAUCACACACCAUAAAGACACUCAUGGUAUCGACCAUUUGAAACAAGGACCGACUUAUAUUCCACCUCCAAUCAGGGAUGUAAAAGACACACACCAGCAUACUGGAAACCAUGGAGUUUCAAGUCUCUCCCUAUCUAUUGAACCGUCCAAUCUAUACAGCUUGCCACAUGCAGAAAACCCCAUAAAUUUCCAAAAUCUGCAACAAACUCCGAAUAAUUUAUAUGGGUCACCAAUAGACUCUUACACUGCACCUUUAUUAACUGUAUCCGAUCAUAGCACCUCUGAUUCUAACACAAACUCUGUAACAGCAACUCUCGAUGGGAUGAUACUUGCUAAUUUGUCUAAUCUGGAUGCAGCAGCUAUUUUGAAACACUGUCCGUACCAUGAAGCAAUCAUAAAAGCAGCAAAGUUAGGAGAAAGAAUUCCUUCAGAGCUAGCGUCCAGCUACGUAGCUAGCUUAAGUUCCUUAGGAUCAACACUUUCUAAAAGUCAGCAAACUCUGAUAUCGCCACAAAAUGCAUUUAACACUCCUGUUCCAGGCAGCGAAUCAGUUUCUUAUAAUAGUAAAGAUUUAGCUACAGCUUCGCAUACAUUAGUCCAAACUAUAGUCCCUAGUAAUGAUGUUAAAAAAGAAAAAAAUGAGAAAAACAGUUUCCAAAAGGCAAAGGCAUUAGGAAAGCACAACUAUAAAGACAACAGAUUACAAUUUGUUUCAGAACAAAUACAACAGACAUCGGAGAAGAUUAAAAACUUGAGCGAGGAAGCCAAGCUAUUGCAACAAAAGAUAGUAUCAACUAAUAAAAAUAUAAAUAGUGUUAAUGGUCAAAUUAGUCAAUUUAGUCAGGAAAUUCCAGUAAAAGGAAAACAUGGCAGUUAUUCUCUACAAAUACAGUCAGCUGACGAUGGAUUGAGAGGUAAGACUGGUCCGCCUUCGAUACCUCAUGAGCAAUUGCUUUCCGAAGGUCUUUUACAGAGUAUACUACAAGCUAUAGAGCAGCCAUCGGGACAGACUCAGUCGAACAUAAAAGUGCAACCUGUUCCUCAAGGCAACUUCCAGCCCAGUUCGUUUGAUUUUGCGAACAUAGACGUUGGAGGUCUAACGCUGCCAGCUGGCUAUGAGCCCAUAGAUAGAACUAAAGAAAAAAAGAAUAGCGUAGACCAAGAAAUUCAAAGUACAAACAAGGAUAUUAAGAGUAUUUUGAACAGCGAGAUUAUACAUAAACACAGGGGCGACAUAUCUGAUUGUGAGUUGAGAGCUGAAUCUUCUAUUCAACAUCCCGUAGUUGUUCCAGCACCAAAAUUAGAAACUAUCAAGCCAGUAGAAGAAAUCGAUGACAACGAUGUCGCUAUUUUCUUCGGUAAUGACUCUAAAGAUGUCACAAAUAAUGAACCAGUUACAGAAAUAUCGGUAGCUACUAGUAUAAGUGAAAAUGUCGAUGAGUCUAGCGAUAAAAAAGCUGAAUUUGGAGAGAAAACUGUAAAAUCGUGAGAGUGUAAUAUCUUUGAUAGAUUCUAGUCUAUUUUACCAGUGAGCGAUUAUGAGAUUUCAAUAAUAAGUCACAGAGAACGAUUUGUAGACUUGGUAAAUGAUUCAGGAGACUUCUUAUUGAAAAAUUUCUAAGGAUAUACAAUUCGCGGGAAACAACUUGAAUAAGACUAUAAAUAAAAAAGUCAAAUUAUUUUCCUCUGUCUAUGUCGUAAAUUUUUAAGCGGAAUGUUUUCUAAAAUUUCACUUAUGCAAUAUAUAGGAUAAAACUGCGUCUAUGACUAUUUAAAAAGUUACAAAUAAAAAAAUAUGGCGUAAGCUCUAAGCGACGCUCACUGGCGCCAUUUUGGUACAAAUAGCCAUGUACAAGUAAAAGAUGUCUGAAUUCUUUAUUGACAUCUUUUUAAAAUAAAUAUACCGAAAAAAAAACAAAAUUAACAAUUAAAUUUGAGAUGUAUUCAUAUGAAUCACAUUGGAUUCAACUGGAUGCGUUUCGAAUUAAUUUAUAUAUUUUUUUUUUUAUUUUAAGCUUUUAGUUUCGAUCCUCGGGCGAAAAAAGUUGUACUUUUUAUUGUUAUUUUUUUUUUAAAUAAAUCAUAUAAUGAAAAUUACACAUUAUUAUUUUUAAGUUACUAAGACUAUAAUUUAUUGCUGUUCUAUUAUGCCAGUUUAUUCUAAAAUCUAGAUAAUUUAAAAUUAGGUACUAUAUAGUAGAAAUAUGUAAGAUUAGAUAAUUACUUAGCAUUUAGUCAAAUGUUUUAUUAGGGAUCAAGUUCAAUUAUAAACCAUGGUUUUAUUUUUUUAUAAAAUAUUACACUGAUUUAAAAAAAAAAAAAGUAAAAUCGUGGUAAUUUCGCGCCUUUUUCGUUCGAGGAUGUAUAGAGUUUUUCAAUAAGUAUAAUAAUUUUUUUAUUUAUAUUUUAAUUUAACCAUAGAUUAAGUAUAUUCAGUAUUUGGGUGUAUCUGAUUAUUAUUUAUUGUCGAUUCGUGUGGAUUUUUAUUUGUAUGUACUGUUGGUACAAUUGCGUUAGAUAGUUGAUGCAUGUAGUAAAUAAAAUGUACAGUUAUUUAUAA